AUGGAAUGCAUUGUAGCCUUGAAGAGCAGCUUUAGAAAGGAGAUGGCUAUGACAUCAAGCCCCCAAGCGUUUUUGGAAGAUAUUUGGGUUGUUAAUGGUCAAAAUGGUGUUUCUAGCGAUGAUUUCUCCGUUGACGACCUCUUUGACUUUAGUAAUGAAGAGGGUUUCCUUCAACAACAACGUGAACAUGAAGAAGAAGAAGAAGAAGAAGAAGAAGUGCCGGCUUCUUCUUCUUCUUCGCCUAAGAGACAAAAGCUAAGCCAAGACAUAAUCUUUUCCAACGACAGUAGUACUAAUUUCGAUUACACUUCCUUAUCCACCAACGAACUUGCUGUUCCGGCGGAUGACGUUGAAAACCUUGAAUGGUUGUCUCAUUUCGUUGAGGAUUCUUUCUCGGAGCACUCUAUGGCGUACCCCUCCGGAACGUUACUCGUGAACAAAGUGCCUGAACAGGAAAUACCGAUUACGACGUGUUUCGAAACGCCUGUUCCGGCGAAAGCCAGAAGCAAGCGUGCCCGAACCGGCGGCCGAGUUUGGUCCCUUGUCGCCUCCCCUUCACUUACAGAAUCAUCUUCGAAUUCCACGUCAUCGUCUUCCUCCUCCAGCCCUUCACCUUGGCUGCUUUGCCCAAACAGUUGCUCCGGUUCAACCUUUGAACUGUCCGAACUGGUUUCUGUGGAAAAGCCGCCGGUUCAGAAGCAUAUGAAGAGACCGUCGACCGACUCGACAGGUUGCAAUGGGACCCAGCCGACGCGUAGGUGCAGUCAUUGUGGAGUUACGAAGACGCCACAAUGGAGAGCCGGUCCAAUGGGGGCUAAGACCUUAUGUAACGCAUGUGGGGUCAGGUUUAAGUCGGGUAGGCUUUUACCCGAGUAUAGACCGGCUUGUAGCCCAACUUUUUCAAUCGAGUUGCACUCGAACCAUCACCGGAAAGUGCUGGAGAUGCGACGCAAGAAGGAAACAUCGGGUGAGGCCGAACCCGGUCUAGCUCCUCCAGUUGCGCCAAGUUUUGGAUAACAUUACCGCAUUAGACAAAUGCCAAAUAUAUUUUAGAGCAG